AAAAAAAUCAAAAAAGGACAAAAAAAUCUCAAAAAAUAAAAAUGAGUGAAGGUGAAGAAAAGACAAAAUUUCCAUACAAGAAUCCCGACCAUGAAAAUAGAUUUCCAUACAAAGAUCCAACCUACUACAAACCAAUAAUCGUCGAUGAGCAAAAAAGAAGAAUGUCGAUGGGAUUUACAGCCCAAUGUAGUGUGAAUCUACUAGAACAAAUGGGACGUAAUCCAGAUCUUGGACAUGGUCAUCUCCCAUGGUUUCGUCCUGCGUUGCAAAGACGCUGAUUAAUGGCGAUUGUGAUACCAAAAAAAAAAAGUUAUUCUGUGUGACCUUUAUUAUUGUAUCUAAGGAUAUACGUAUUUGUUAUAUGUGCAAACAUAAAAAAAAAAUUAUUUUUUAACACUUUUUAUUUUAUAAUAAAAUAAAGUUUGUUAUUUGUAUUAUUCACAUUAAUAAAUUUUCUUUGUGCUACUAUACAUUCUGACUACU